ACCAAACCAACAACCCAUACAACAAACCAAACAACCGAACCAAACGAACAAACCAACCAAACCAAACCAAACGAACAAGCAGAGAAGUCGACACCACCUGCCACCAUGCCACCCAAGAAGAAGAAGGGGACGAAGAAGAAGAAGAAGACCGGGAAGGCAGACAAGAAUGCACUGACAGAGGAGGAUGCAACAAAGAGAGCGCAACUGGAGGCCGAUAUGCUUCGCACCAGCCUCGCUGAGGUGCGGGAUGAGGCGCGCCGUACGACCCAGAAGGUGCACUCACUCACAGACAACUUGACCGAGCGACAGGGCGCUUUGGACCUUCAAACCCAAACAACACAGGACAUCACAUCAGAUUUGACUCGACAAUACAAACUCAUGCAGUCACAGCUCAUGGCUCGCAUCAUGGACCUCCAGGAACACACGCGCGUGCUCCAAGACCAGCUCGAGGUAACACAGCGAGCACUGGCGGAAACCAAAGAGCAAGCAGACAAAUCCAUCCGAGAGAAGAAUGACAUGAUCGCCCAGCUCACGCAACGCAUCCAGUCCAUGGAAAGCGCUUACGAAGGCGUCCUAAACCAUCACACAUAA